GUUACUCCCACUGUCUAGUCCUCUGAAUCAGCGCAGAGGCAGAACGGAGAACGAACAACGAAAAUAUACGGUGCCCAUUGCGAACGAAGAAGAGAACGAGUCUUCAGCGACCGAAACCGCGAUCUGCGCUGCUGACCAAGCCCUGCCGGAUGCACCAUUAAAUCAGAGAAAAUAAACCACAACGCAAAAUGGAAGAAGACACCGAAUUCACCAAAUUGCCCGUUGACGAGCAAUGCGUCCACAAGUCCUGGAAAGCUCGCGUGCACGGCUACGAGGAGGCGGCCAAGCUGUUUCGACAGAUUCCAGACGAAAAAGCCCCAGAAUGGAACAAGUAUCUAGGAAUUAUGAAGAAAUUCGCGGCCGACAGCAAUGCCGCAGCCCAGGAAAAGGGUCUGGAAGCGCUUCUGGCCUACGUAGAGAACGCAGGCCCCGCCGGCAGGACUGUUGGCGAGGUCAUGUCCAAUAUUGUAAGCAAGUGUCUCGGUGCUCCGAAGGCCAAGACCAAGGAGCUGGCGCAGCAGGUGGCCCUCAUGUACAUCGAGAUUGAGAAGCAGGAUGCUGUCAUGGACGAGCUGAUCAAAGGGUUCGAGCAGAAGAACCCGAAAGUCGUGGCUGCCUGUAUUAAUACAGCUAGUAUGGCCUUGAAUGAGUUUAGCCACAAGGUGAUUACAGUGAAGCCCCUAAUUAAGGAAUUUCCAAAACUGCUGGAUCACAGGGACAAAAUCGUCCGAGACGAGGGAAAAGCGCUGAUCGUUGAGACCUACCGAUGGGUCGGUGACGGCAUCAAGCCUCAACUCAGCCACUUGAAGCCCGUCCAGGUGACGGAGUUGGAAGCGGAGUUUGAAAAGGUUUCUGGCGAGAAAGCCGUUGCCAAACGCUACCUGCGUUCACAGCAGCAGCGGCAGCAGGCGGCCGCCGCAGCUGAUGAGGUCGACGGCGAAGAUGCGGCCGAAGAGGAGGAAGAGGCCGCUCCACCCAUCGAUCCGCUCGAUUUGAUAGACCCCGUGGACAUUCUGUCCAAGCUGCCCAAGGACUUUUACGAGAAGCUCGAGGCAAAGAAGUGGCAGGAGAGGAAAGAGGCGAUGGACGAGCUGGACAAGCUGCUGCAGAACCCCAAACUGGAGGCUGGCGAUUACGGCGAGCUGGUGCGCGCCCUUAAGAAGAUCAUCAAUAAAGACUCAAACGUGAUGAUCGUGGCGCUGGCUGGAAAGUGUCUCGCCGCACUCGCCAACGGACUCAAGAAGAAGUUCCAGACCUACGCGUCUGCCUGUGUCUCCAGCGUGCUCGAGAAAUUCAAGGAGAAAAAGCAGAACGUCGUCACUGCCAUGCGCGAUGCCAUCGACGCCGUCUCCCAAAAUUUGACACUGGAAGCGAUGCUGGAAGAUAUAACAGAGGCCAUAGAAAAAAACAAGAAUCCAUCGGUGAAGGCAGAGACAAUGUCCUUCCUGGCCAGGUACUUUACAAAGUGCACGCCGCAAAUGCUGGACAAAAAGAUGCUGAAGGCUUAUGUGCCGCUGAUGCUAAAGUGUCUCAACGAUCCUGACGCCGGGGUGCGUGAAAGUGCUGCUGAGGCCCUGGGGACAGCGAUGAAACUGGUCAGCGAGAAGGCGAUCAUGCCGUUCAUCGGGGACAUUGAGAACAUCAAGCUGCAGAAAAUCAAGGAGUGCUGCGACAAGGCGGUCAUCACGGCCAAGGUGGGCAAGCGUCCGGCGGCCGCUGCCGCUCCAAAGCCGAAAGAGGCUCCCAAGGCUGCAGCUCCUCCUGCCCGAAAGCCAGCCUCGGCACCGGCCAAAAAGGCUCCAGCAUCCAAAGCGGUUCGUCCUGCGGCCAAAAAGGCGGCUGCACCAAAGGAGGUGGCCAACACGGAGCGCGAAAUGGCCGAUGAGGAGGUGGAGGCUGCUGCUGCUGAGCUGAUAGAGCCGCCGACACUGCUCACAGAGCUGGUUGACGCCAACUGGAAGACGCGUCUCGCCGCCGCUGAGCAGUACCUCCAGCUCGUCGCCUGCAAGGAAAAGGCAGACCUGCCCGCUCAGGUGCUCGUCAGGACGCUGGCACGCAAGCCUGGCCUCAAGGAUGGCAAUUUCCAGGUGAUGAAGGUGAAGCUGGACGUGGUGAAGACAAUCGCAGAAAGCAGCAAGUUCAGUCGGACGUGCGCAAACUUCUGCCUGCAGGACGUGGCUGAGAAACUCGGCGACGCCAAGGUGGGCACCGCCGCAGCAGACGCACUCACUGCCAUGGCUGAAACUCUGAAACUCGACUAUGUCGCCGUCGAGGUGCUCACCCUCGCCUUCAACCAGAAGAGCCCGAAGGUGCAGCAGGAGGCCAUGGGCUGGCUCUCCAACGCUCUAAAAGACUUUGGAUUCGCGAUCCAGCCGAAGCCUGUGCUGGACAACAUUCGAAAGGCGCUGGCCUCGACCAAUGUGGCGGUGAGGACGUCUGCAAUCUCGCUUCUCGGCACUCUGUACCUCUACAUGGGAGAUCCGCUGCGUCGAGUCAUGGAGUCCGAAAAACCAGCCAUCGUCCAGCAGAUCAACGCUGAGUUUGACAAAUUGGAAGGCCAGCGUCCUCCUACUCCGAGCAAGGGCAUGACCGUGUCAACGGGCGAGGACAACUCGGAAAGCGUGGAAGACGACGGCAGCAACGAGCAGGACCGUUUCCAAGAGCUGCUUCCUCGCGCCGACAUCAGUGACCAGCUCACGGAGACGCUGAUCGCGCAGCUUUCGGACACCAACUGGAAAAUGCGCGACGAGGCGCUGCAGAAGAUUAGCGCCGUGGUGACGGCCAACGCGCACCUUACCGCCAAUUUGGGCGAGUUGCCCUCCGCGCUGGCCAAGCGCAUCACCGACAGCAACAAGAUCAUUUGCCAGACGACGCUUGGGCUUUGCCGUCAGCUGGCAGACCGGCUUGGCAACCACACCAAGCAGCAUGUGCGCACCCUCGCUCCAGCUAUGUUCCAGGCCCUUGGUGACAGCAAGACGCAGAUCCGCGCCCUGGCGGUGGAAUGCAUUAAGGCUUGGGCCGAGCAAAGCGGCUUGAAAGAGUUCUACGAGGGCGAAAUGAUCGCCGACGCUCUCAAGACGGGCAACCCCUUCCUCAAGGCUGAACUCUUCCAGUGGAUGGCCGAGAGCUUGACCAAUGCCAAGAGGAUUCCAAAAGAGGAGCUGAUCGCUUGUGUGCCGCACCUGCUGGCGUGCGUCGAGGACAGGAAUGCCGACGUGAGGAAGAAUGCGCAGGACGCCAUCCUGCCCAUGAUGAUCCACACCGGCUACGAGCCCAUGGUCCGACAAACCCAAAAACUCUCGGCUGUGAGCAAGACGGCCGUGACGACAAUGCUGGAGAAGGCGAGGGCCAACCUGCCCGCCAAGCCUGCUCCCGCGGCCACUAAGUCAUCGGCCAAAGCGUCCGGGCCUGGGAAGAAAACGGCGCCGCCGCCUGUGGCCGCCCCUACCAAAGUCAACACAAACACCAUCACCAAAUCAAAAUCAAUUCCAAAGCCAGGGGCGAGCCGAAGCAAGAAGGAGGAGGAGCAGGACCUGUCCCCGUUGCUGCAAGUCAACAAUUUGAAGACACAGCGAAUGGCCGAUGAGCAGAAACUCAGGGUUUUGAAGUGGAACUUCACGUUGCCGCGCGAUGAAUUCGUUGACCAGCUGAAGGAGCAGAUGGCGACGGCGGCCGUCAACAAGUCCCUGACGGACAAGAUGUUCCACGCCGACUUCAAAUUCCACCUGAAGGCAAUCGAGUCACUGAGCGACUUCCUCUCGGUCAACCCCCAAGCCACGGUCAGCAACCUGGACCUUAUCCUCAAGUGGCUGACGCUCCGCUUCUUUGACACCAACCCGUCGGUGCUGCUUAAAGGGCUUGAAUACCUGCUCACCGUGUUCGCCAUGCUCGCCGAGGACGGCUACAACAUGCCUGAGAUUGAGGCCGCCUCCUUCAUCCCCUACCUUAUCUUGAAGUCGGGUGAUCCGAAAGACUCUGUGAGAAACAGCGUGAAGAACAUCAUGCAGCAGAUCACGCUGAUCUACCCGUGCAGCCGGCUCUUCUCCUACGUGAUGGAGGGGCUCAAGUCGAAGAACUCGCGCCAGCGGACCGAGUGCCUCGAGGAAUUGGGCCUGCUGAUCGACAACUACGGCAUCAGCGUGAGCCAACCGACUCCGGCAGCCGCUCUCAAGGAGAUUGCCAAGCAGAUCUCGGACAGAGACAACUCGGUGCGCACGGCAGCACUCAACUGCAUCGUCAUGGCCUGGCACCAGGAGGGCGAACGCGUCUUCAAUAUGAUUGGACAGAUCUCUGAAAAAGACCGGUCUUUGCUGUUGGAGCGGAUCAAGAGGGCGAGCAAGACCAGGCCGGUGAUCAAGACAGCUGAGGAGGCGGCUAGCAGGCCAACCAAGGCGGUGCGGCCGAAUGCCGUGGCCCAGGAGGUGGCCGAGCGCUACUCCGAGCCGGAAGACGCGCCCGUGCCCACGUACAGCUCGUCGUCCGGGCCGAGUCGCGAGUCCAGCCCCGAGGAGAUCGUGCUCUCGAGCGACUCGGGCCCAGCGAACGACUACCCCCACAACUGGGACCAGAUGCAGCGCUUCCGUGACGCCGUCUCCGCCAAGUCGGUCCUCCGACUAGGGCCAAAUCCGCCGCAGCAGCGGCAGCGUCCGAUUUCGGCCGCUUUCCGCCUGGACUACGACCUGCUCGGGGAAAUGGAAAAUGGACCGUCAGUCAAGGCGCCGCAGCUGCUCAAAAUGGACAUGGAGGACAUCACGACAGACGUCAGACUGCCAAAGCUCGAGGCGACAAAGCACGUGUCGACGUCGCCGUCGUCUGCGGUGACGGCCACGAUUGAGCUGCACAUCGGGCGGCUGUGCAACCACAAGCUGGAGCGCAGCAUCGAGGCGUGCCGCGAGGUGGACACGAUGAUGCGGCGCGAGGCGAGCGGCAAGUCUCUGGUCACGCUCACCGACCAGCUGCUCGUCGCCGUCAACAACCAGCUGCAGGUGCUGCAGAAGGCCACCACAGACACGCACGACCUGCAGAUCAUGAGCGUCAACUACACACUUCUCAUCGCCAUCCUCCGAUCCAUCUUCUCAAGCCAGCAAAUGGCGACCCGAGCUUCGCAGACUGUGAUCCGCGACGUGAUGAGCUCUCUUCUGCUGAUGCUAGUCGAGCAGAAGCUGGAGCGAUUCAACACUGAGGACCAGAUCGUCCGGCUCACAAACUCCCUCGUCGUCCGCAUCAUCGAGAACGCCGACCACACCAGACUCGUCACGGCGCAGGUUCGAAUGCUUCACGACUGCAUCAGCAAUCAGAACACUCCUCCCAAGUUCACGGAGCUAGUGAUGAAGAGUCUGUGGAAGGUGAUGCGCGUGAUCGAGCAGUGGCAGGAGCAGCUCGACUUCAGAGCAGUCCUGCGCGAGGUCAACCACUUCCUCGAGGAUUUCCCGAGCCACACCUGGAAGGACCGCAAGGACCUGACGCCGCUGAAGACGAUCAAGACCCUCGUGCACUCAAUGGUGCAGCUCAAGGGCGCCGCCCUGCUCACCUUCCUCAGCAAGGAGGACACGUGCUACGAACUCACCAAGAUAGUCAACAAAUACGUCAGCUCGAGCGAGGCAAAGCCAGCGAGGGACGUGCAGCAGCAACAACAGCAGCUUGCGUCGCCGCACCGCCUGACGAAGAGCACGCACCACCAGCUGGCAGCCAUUUUCAAGAAGAUCGGCUCCAAGGACCAGACGAAUGAGGGCCUGGAGCAGCUCUACGACUUCCGCAGGGCCAACCCGGACGCGGACAUCACGCCCUUCCUCGAGAAAGCCUCGCAAUUCUUCCAGGAAUACAUCGAGAAGGGGCUCAAGGGCAUCGAGCUCGAGCGCAGCAGGCAGUCCAGCACGGCCGCCAGCUCACUCUCCUCGCCCCAAGAUGGCGAGGCUGAGUUGGGCUCGUACCUGCGGCAGGGGGCGGGAGACGCGGUGCCAUCCGCCGACAAGGCAAACUAUUACAAAGAAAAGCUGAAGGCGUUGCAGCAGAAGGCGGGGCUUGCCGGACAAAACGAGCAGUCCACGGACAACAGGGCUGGCGACUCCAACCGAAACCAAUCAGAGUUGCUGGACAACUUGCCGCGCAGCGUGCUGACAGAGUCUAACGUGAGCCCGCCGAGGCAGACGGACGCGGCGAGUCUGGAGCUGAUCAAGCAGCGACUGGAAAGGCUGAAGCGGUAGAGCCGAGAAAUACGUACCUACCUUAAUUAGAUCGAACCUUGCGUCUCUGUCCGUUCUUACUUAGAUUCCGAGCUCUCUUUCUCUCACUUAAAUUAAUUUAAUUAUUGUUACUAUUACCGUGUCUCACUCAAGAACUGAUUCGUUUCGACACACACACAAGCCGAGAGAUUCUGACAAAAUGUGCAUUUCGCUUGAGGAGAUUAAUUUUUUGUUUUGUUUAGACUUAAUAAUAUACAAUUUUUUAUUUGAAAACCGAGCUUUUGGCCUCUCGUUUGAUGUUCGAAUAGUCUCUCCGCGCGCAGUUACAAGUACGUUUACUGGAUAAUAUAUAUUAAUACAGCUGAUAGUCGGUUAACUUAGCUCUAAUAAACAAAAUAAAAUGUAAUGUUUUAAAA